AUGGCCGCACUUCCCCCAAAGGACCUCUCCGGCAAGGGCAUCCUCUACGUCCAGUCGCGCAUCUCCCGCCCAGACAUAGUCGACGAAGACACCUACUUCAGGUGGUAUGACGACGACCACAUCGCCGAGAUCCUAACCACGGGCGGCAUCGACUCGGCCAGGCGGCACUUCCAUGUCGACAGGGACAAGACCGACGGGACCGCGCCGCAGAUGCCUUUCCUGGCCUUGUAUCCCAUGGACGACCUGGCGUUUCUGCUGAGCGAUCGUUUCCGCAAGAUCCGCGUGCACAGCGAUGUCCUCCCCGGUAGCGGGCUGUGCUACGACCUGAUGGACGUGGACGUCGGGUAUUACAACCUGGUCAUGGUGUGGGAUCAGGCGAGGAAGGGCAAAGGCUACCUCCGCACGACGCGCUUCAAGCUCGCGUACGCCCGCUCAAACGCCCAGUCACGCGCCUUCAAGGGCCUGCCCGUCGACGGCGACAGCUCUCUCCCGCCUACCCCGCCGCAGUGGCUCACCAUCCAUGAGUUCGCCCAGGACGCAUCUGAACUCGAUCCGGUCGCUAUGGGCAAGCUGACCCAGACCGAGUGGACCGAGAAGGUCUGGGGCGGGGCCAAGCGCAAGAUCGUCAACGUCUACCGCGUCGUCAAGGAGCACGGCGAGAACGACUGGUUCCACGGUGUUGAGAUGUAG